GUUGACUGCGUGGGAGUCCAUCCAUGUAACCAUUACGCCAUCUGCUGGUUUCAAGACUUUGGCCUUUGAAGCUAGCCAGGCUGAGCCCACCACUGACUAGCUGUAUUUGAAUAAGCAUUAGACUUUCUAACAUUCUCAGUUUCCUCAUCUAUGAACCAGCAUACAGUAAUAGGCUUUUUGCAAGAGUUGAAUUCUACAGGUGCCCUGCCAGACACGGCUGGGUGCUGGAAGAUCUCUGCCCUCACACAGCCCGCUGCCCGGUGGCGUCCGAUAACGUGAGGGAGGAGUUCUGCGGGUGUUUGACCUACUGGCCAGAACAGCGCUGUCUGGGGAACGCUUGAGGGAGGGACAGACCGCCCACAGAGCAGCGUAGCCAGCUGGCCCAAUGCGCGUGCGCGCACAGUGUGAUACUCUUCAAGCAAGCUUUUUAGAGGGACCCCAUUUCACGUCACAGGAGGGCAAGGACUAACGGUAGCACUUCCCAACGCGCGACUUAGCUGGCGCAGAUAAGCGUUUAAAGCCUUCGUGCCGCGCAUGCGCAGUACCCCUGCCCCGCCCUCCGCCUUCGGAUCUUGGAUUGAGGGAUUUGGGUCACGUGGGCAAACCUGGCCUCUUCCUUGCGGCCCUGCUGGCUAGUUUCCGGUUCGGUGGGUCCAGGAUGACGGAGUCGGGCGCCUCUCCCGAGGACCCCUGGGUCAAGGUGGAGUAUGCGUACAGUGACAAUAGCCUGGACCCUGGGCUUUUUGUAGAAAGCACCCGCAAGGGGAGUGUAGUCUCCAGAGCUAAUAGUAUCGGUUCCACUAGUGCCUCUUCUGUUCCUAACACAGAUGACGAGGACAGUGAUUACCACCAGGAGUCCUACAAGGAAUCCUACAAGGACCGGCGGCGGCGAGCACACACUCAGGCUGAGCAGAAAAGGAGGGAUGCCAUCAAGAGAGGCUAUGAUGACCUUCAGACCAUCGUGCCAACUUGCCAGCAGCAGGACUUCUCCAUUGGCUUUUCUAACAUUCUCAGUUUCCUCAUCUAUGAACCAGCAUACAGUAAUAGGCUUUUUGCAAGAGUUGAAUUCUACAGGUGCCCUGCCAGACACGGCUGCGUGCUGGAAGAUCUCUGCCCUCACACAGCCCGCUGCCCGGUGGCGUCCGAUAACUACCCCUGCCCCGCCCUCCGCCUUCGGAUCUUGGAUUGA